AUGUCGGUUUUCGCGAGACCGUCCUUCCUGGCCCAGAAGAUCUCCCCGAGCUUGCGCUGGAGAGCGUCCGCCUCACGCGCCUGCGCCUAUCACCAUCGCCGCGCCUUGUCCGCCUCGGCCACCAGGCGAUUUGCCAACCGGACAAGCCACGACUUCAACUCCGGCUUCACAAGCAGCUAUGAUCCAUCAGAAGACUCGGGCCGCGGGCCCAUGUUCAACAAGGCCUCCUUUGGAGUGCCCCAGGUCUACCCUCGCGACCUGAAGCGCCGUGUCGACGACUUCGUCGUAGGACAGGACCGCGCCAAGAAGAGUAUAUGCUCUGUCAUAUUCAACCACUACCAGGGCCUCCGCCGACGCCACCAGAUUGAGGAGUCUGAGAGGCUGUCGCAGGAGAGGUUGGCGCGCCAAAAGUACAUGCGCGACCGGGACAUGUACGACCGGCGUCGCGAGGCUCACCCGCUUGAAGGUCGGCACUCUUCUGGCUCUGCUUACCAGCGGUAUACUGAUGACCCCCUCCGUGAAGACGAGUUCCCGGGUCAUCGGGAGUCGGUUCAGGGGCUUCACUACGACGCGUCCCCCGUAGCAGAGGAACUGCUUAUGCCCGACGAACACGCCAUAUUGCAACAUGUGAAGAUAGAUAAGAGUAACCUGCUUUUGAUGGGUCCCACGGGAGUUGGGAAAACAUAUAUUGUCGAGACAUUGGGAAAGCAGUUGAAUAUCCCAUUCACAAUUAGUGACUGCAACGCCUUCACGCAAGCUGGCUACAUUGGCCAAGAUGUUGAAGCUUGCAUCGAAAGGCUGCUGAUCGAGGCCAACUACGACGUCAAGGCUACCGAGCAUGGCAUAGUGGUCCUCGAUGAGUUUGACAAGCUUGCCAGGCGGGAGACGGUUAAUGGCAGAGAUGUAGGGGGCGAGGGUGUCCAGCAGGCUCUCCUGAAGCUCGUGGAGGGGACCAAAGUCACGGUUAACGUAAAGGACAACAGGUCCUCGAGGUCCGCCAGCCCGAUCACCAGCAACUACGGCACUGGCGCGUCGUCCUCGCCGCAGUCCCCGCCGCAGUCACCAAAGGUCGACCAGUACACGGUUGACACCAGCAACAUCCUCUUCGUCUUUUGCGGCGCAUUCGUGGGCCUCGACAAGGUCGUGCUGAGGCGGGUUGCCAAGCCGUCCAUCGGGUUCGGCGCCGAGCCGUCCAACCGCUCCUCACUCCCAUGGGAGAUGUACGCCCACCUACCGCACCAGCCGGUCUCGGUCGAGCCUGGGGCCAGCGGCUUCACGCCCCUGGACCUCACGACGCCCGCGGAUCUACAGUCGUUCGGCUUCAUCCCCGAGCUCAUCGGGCGCGUGCACAACGUCUGCGCCCUGACCCCGCUCUCGCUCAACGAGCUGCUCCGCAUUCUCACAGAGCCGCGCAACAGCCUCGUGGCGCAGUACACGGCCCUGUUCGAGACGUACCCCAGCCGGCUCUACUUCACCCGCCGGGCGCUGUACGCCAUCGCCGAGCGCGCCGCCAAGAACGAGACCGGGGCCAGGGGUCUCAAGAUGGAGAUGGAGCGCGUCCUCGCCGAGCCCAUCUUCGAGGCCCCGACGCACUACGUCGUCAUAACCGAGGCAUGCGUCAAGGGCACCGCGAAGGCGUGCUACUGGGGCAAGGACGGCCGCCUCGAGGUGGAGCGCCGCCUGAGGGAGGAAGACGACACGAACGGGACCGGCGACGACGGUGCUUCGGAUACCUUUGAGCAGUACCGCGAGGCCGGCCAGAGCGGCGCAUGA